AUGAGCAAUGACAUUAAUAAACGGCCCCCAGUCCCCGUCAGCCCGGCUAUUCCUGGCUACGGUAGCGACUAUGGUAACGGUAGGGCAAGGGGUACUAAGAAUCUCCGGUGGAAGUUUGGAUGCCACCUACGACGACUCGGCCUGGCAACUUAUAACGCACGCACCCUGAGGACUGACGAGAAGAUGCUAGAGCUGGAAGAAGAGAUAGACAAGUUGGACUGGAAUAUUAUAGGAUUAUCCGAAAUCCGAAGAGUGGGGGAGGACAUGAUUAUCAUCGAAUCCAGCAACUUGUUCUAUCACCGAGAGGGUGACCAUCUGUCCCAAGGAGGCGUCGGAUUUAUCGUCAACAAGUCUCUCGUUAACAACGUUGUAAAUAUUGGGAGUGUGUCGACAAGGGUUGCGUACCUUAUACUCAGAAUCACCAAACGGUAUUCGCUGAAGGUCAUACAGGUUUACGCACCAACCUCGGCACAUCCCGAUGAGGAGGUGGAGGAAAUGUAA